GGUGUUGGUGGAAAAGUCGUUGACUCGUUGUAAUUGAGACGUUGGCGUCACACGCGGAAUCCCCGCUACCAUCCAACUAUUUAGCCCACCAGCUUCGAAAUAUCAUAAGAUCAUUUGAAGUCGCUGUAUCUUCAGGGUCACCAUGGGGUUUCAAAUGUCCAAAACCAUGGAUGCAAACCUAAAGAAGCAGCAAGAGUUCAUGCUCCACAACUCACGACUGCAGUUGGAGCGUCAGAUCAUGAUGCAGAGCCAGAUGAGGGACCGACAGAUGGCCAUGCAGAUUGCCUGGUCCAGAGAGUUUCUCAAAUACUUUGGCACGUUCUUUGCAGUGACUACAGUGGGACUCGUUGCAGGCGCCGUUAAAAGAAAGAAACCCUCCCUGUUGGCGCCCAUCUAUCCUCUCAGCUUCAUACUUGCCUACCAGAUAGACAGCGCUUAUGGAACGCUUAUUCAUCGCAUGAGAGGCGAGGCGGAGAGUAUCAUGGCGACUGAACACGACCUUUUGGACUUGCCUCUUGGAACUCCGACCUUCGUUAGCAUAGAGAAAGCCCGGCGCGCUAAACAGCCUCACCUCCUUCUUGAAGAAGUGACGAGUCAAUAGUUUGAAUGAAUAUCAGGGGACCCAGUAUUUCUUUUCAGACGGCACAUUGGUCCCCGGCAUGUACAGGUGUUGAAAAUGGACUCAAAAUCACUAGAGUCCAUGUUUUAUACAAACACACAACUACAGUUACAUCUAACGUGUCUCAAUGAUAAAUAUUAAAGUAUGAACAUUUACAUCAGUUACUGUUUGCUCAAGGAAUUCCACAUAAUCCACUGAGACUGUGAUGAUGACCAUAUUCUUCCUCUUUAUGCUUCAAACGUUUUAUUUCCGGAAGUGCUUCUUUAAAGAUGACAAACCAUUUUGUGACACAAUGGUUUUGUGCAACCUUUAUACUCGGUCCCCAGUUGUUUAUGUUUAAUACAUGAAUUACUUUCACUGUCCGGUUAAUUAAAACACUUCGAUAUUUCAGGCGAA